AUGAUCGCUGCUCCUAUUAGAACUUCUCUUGCCACCUCUGUUCGUGUCGCCGUCCCCAUGGCUACUCGUGCCAUUUCUACCUCCAGAAUCAUCUCUACAGCUGCUAACCCUAAGGUUAAGGCCAAUGAUGUUUCUCACUUUAAGACCUUUAAGGAGUACAGAGUCUUUGCUCAACAAUUUGGUCCUCUUGCUAGCCUUGCAUGGCAAAACAAUAUUUCUUCUCAGCCUGCUGCUGCUGCUGUUGCUGCUGCCGCUGCUGCAGCCUCUUCACAAGUCGCUGAGGCCCUUGAGAGCAGUAUUCUGUUUAACGAGUCUGAGUCUGAAACCAUUAUUCUUGGUGGUGCCUCUGAUUAA